CGCACGCUGGCACGCGUAUCGUCGUAGGCGUCAACAUGGACAAGGUGGUUAUCAUCGACGGCAGGGGCCACCUCCUCGGCCGCCUCGCCUCCAUCGUCGCGAAGCAGCUCCUCCAGGGGCAGCACGUCGUCGUCGUCCGCGCGGAGGGGAUCGUCAUCUCCGGCGGCAUGGUGCGCGCGCAGCAGAAGUACGACUUCUUCAAGCGCCUCCGCAUGAACACGAAGCCGAGCCACGGCCCGUUCCACUACGCGUCCCCGUCGCGGAUGCUCUGGAGGACCGUCCGCGGCAUGGUUCCGUACAAGACGAAGCGCGGCGCGGCGGCGUUUGAGCGGUUCAAGAGCUACGAGGGCAUUCCCCCGCCGUACGACAAGUGCAAGCGCGCGGUCGUCCCGGAGGCGCUCAAGGUGCUUCGCCUCGGCGCCGGUCACAAGUACUGCGUCCUCGGCGACUUGUCCCACCGCGUCGGGUGGAAGCACCAGGCGACGGUGAAGAGCCUCGAGGCGAAGAGGGAAGCCAAGGCGAGCGAGUACUGGGCGGCGAAGAAGGCGGCGAACGCGAAGUUCGCCGCGGCCAAGGAGCAGGCGAACGCGCAGCUCGGCGACCUCGCGCCGCUCAUCGCGGCGACGGGGUAUUAGGGCACCAGCCUGCCUAUCGCGCGGAAGAGAAGAUUGCGAUGUAAUUGAAACCUACGACUAAAAGAAGAC